AUGCCCGACCAUUUGAAUGAACAAUUCACACUGCUGGACGUUUCCUUAAGGCCCACCAUUGGAGAAGAUCCGCUAGGAAAACUCCACAAGGAAAAACAACAGCUCCCAAAAAGCCUUGAAUUUAAGAAAGCACAAAGAGGAGCGAGGUGUACUCCAGAAAAAUUCAUCAGAAUCAAAGCAGCUGAAGACGAGGCAGGACUUCUAGCGCUUGACCUUGGAUGCAGUGACACGAAGCGCCGACAGCACGACGGGCAGCCCACUGAUGCCGUGAGCCCCCCAGUAACGGGCUGGGUCUCGCAGCCGGUGCACCAGGACAAAGGGGGAGAGCCCGUUAAAGGCUGUACAUACGUUGCCCUCCUGCCGAUGAGGGCGUUCACUGCCAACAGGCAGACUGCCGUCAGAAUAGCGGCAACUUAUAGGAACAAGGUUGUACGAAGGUGUUAUUCCGAAAACGAGAGGAUCAGUCUGCACCUCUCCCUGCUGCUUCUGGGGGAAGGGAAGCGGGAAGACACGGGCUGGUCCCAGGCUGCCCCGCGGGGACUGGGCGCUGGCAGCCUCGACACGGGGGCUGCCGGGGCCGGGGGGCUGGAGGGAGGAACCUGCACCCGGCAGAUUGCCAUGAUCAUGUUUGCUCAGUACGUGCCAGGAGGCACGUUUGGCAAAGCGGUUAAAAUGGCUGAAGAUGUCACUGGCCUUGCCAAAAGAUGUGCCGCUGCAGCCAGAGACAACCCCGAUUGUCGGAAGCCUUUGGACAGAGUUUUCCUCGAUACAAUAUGCCAGGAGGAAAACCUUCCCAGGUUUACCGAUUGCUGUGCUAAAAAGGAUCCCGAAAGAAAUGACUGCUUCCUCUCCCUUAAAAAUUCAUCGAGAGGGUUCAUUCCUCCUUUUGAAAGGCCAAAUGCUGAAGCUGCCUGCAAAAAUCGUUCACAGCAUCAACAUCUGUUAACAGGACAUUUUAUCUAUGAGGUUUCCAGAAGGCAUCCUUUCCUCUAUGCCCCGACAAUCCUUUCUGUUGCUAUCCGCUAUGAUGAGAUGACGAAGAACUGCUGCCGAAGUGCUGCCGACCCCACUCACAACCUGGAGGAAUGCUUUCAGAGACAGGCACCAAAGGUGGUGAGGCCAAUAAAAGAAGAUGGCCUGAGGCAGGAACACACAUGUGGAAUCUUGAAGAAGUUUGGAGAAAGGACCUUAAAGGCUCUGAAACUUGCUCAGAUAAGCCAAAAAUUCCCUAAAGCUGAUUUUGUUACUGUUAACAAGCUUGUGAUGGAUAUUGCUAAGAUGCACAAGGACUGCUGUCGUGGAGAUAUGCUGGACUGUAUGCACGAUAGGGAAGAGAUUCUACACUAUGUCUGCACCAGCCAAGAUAUCAUAUCAAGUAAAAUUAAGAAGUGCUGUGAAAAGCCACUGUUACAAAGAAGUGAAUGCAUAGUUAACGCAGAACAUGAUGACAAACCUGCAGACUUGUCCCCCCACGUCAGGGAGUUUAUAGAAGACAAAGAAAUAUGUCAACGUUUUGCCCAGGAGAAAGAUACACACUUAGCCAGGUUUCUUUACGAAUACUCCAGGAGACACCCUGAAUUUUCUGCUCAAAUGCUUUUAAGAAUUGGUAAAGGCUAUGAGGACCUACUGAAAGAGUGCUGCAAAACCGGUGCUCCAGACAACUGCUGCAGCAGAGGGGAGGAAGAACUGAAGAAACAUAUUUAUGAAACUGAAAGCGUCAUGAAGACAAGCUGUGACAUUUACAAGGAGAAAGGAGAUUACUAUUUCCAAAACGAGUUGAUAAAAUUCACCAAGCAAAUGACUACAAUCGGCUCCAAAUGCUGCCAGCUGAGCCAGGACAAGCUACUGCCUUGUGCUGAGGAAAAUGUGAGUAUUUUGCUGGAUCUCGUGCUUGGAGAAAUAUGUAGACGACACCUGACGAAUCCUAUAAACCCAGGAGUUUGUCACUGCUGUAGUAGCUCCUAUGCUCUCAGGAGGCCAUGCAUGGGGAAACUAGAAAUUGAUGAGAGUUACGUGCCCUUAUCAUUGACUCCUGGUCUGUUCACUUUCCAUGAAGACUUGUGUACGACUGAAGAGGAGAAGUUACAGCACAAGAAGCAGGAGUAAGACAUGCCUGGUUUACUCUGUUACCCCUGUGGCUUGCCUUGCUUUCCUUGCAGGAUGCUCAUCAACCUCAUCAAAUACAAGCCCCAGAUCACACAGGAACAGCUCACCUCCGUCACGGCCGCCUUCACUGCCAUGAGGGAACAAUGCUGCAAAGAAGAAAACCGCGAGGCGUGUUUUGCAAGAGAGGGUCCAGAACUUAUAAAAGGAAGUGAAAAAAUGCUGUCAGCAUAA